AUGUACGUUUCUUUACAGUGAAAAAGCUGUUGUGCCUGCGGAGACAGAUAAGAAACAUAUAGCGUAACUAGGACCAACUAAGACAGCAUGUGUCUGAAGAUAAUAGAGAUGAGCCCUCCUCCAACACAGCCCUGAGCUGUCGGCACUACAGUUGCUCGGCUUGACAGAGGAGACACGGCUGCUGACUUUCAAGCCAUGGAGGAGAAGGAGCCACCUGCAGGAGGGCAUCAUUUUGUGGGCAAAAAAGAGGAACUGAUUGAAGCGAAGCGCUCUUUCAGGACCAUAGAGGGUCGGGAUGUACUGAUUAUCUAUCAUCAGGGAGCCUUCUACGCCUUAGAUUCUUACUGUUACCAUGCAGGGGGAAUACUGCAGAACGGAGACAUCGAGGACAUAAACGGCAAGCUGUGCAUAAUUUGUCCGAAGCACAAGUACAAGAUCUCUUUAGCCGACGGGGAGAGUUUGUACAAGGCCAGCGAUCCCAGGGUAAAACCACCUGUGCCCAAAUGGUACUCCAAAGGCGUGAAGCAGCGGACCCACACAAUCACAGAGACUAAUGGGGACGUUUAUGUCAAGCUCUCCGAAGUCUCCAGCUGGAUUGAAUCUGACUACUACCAAGGGGAAAAGGGCAAAAUAGAAAGAGCCAAUGCAGAAGCUGAGGAGAAGGAAGAAUCCUGUAAUAGAUGAGGACUGUCUAUCAAUUAGUCUCUUUUGUCUACUCUGAUCUAUAAAUGAACACACCAUGACUACGAAAAGAGAGUCAGAUGUUUGAUGACACGCUUUUCUUCAAGUAGCGGCCUUGAAAAGACUCUUGUUUUUAAUGACGUGUGUUUGCACGGAUCAGAGCUUACAUGGAAUUCUUUUGCUGCCAUUUUAUAUAUUUUUUCUCUCUAUUACACCUGCUGCUUCACUAAAUAAAUUGUUCUAUGAAUGAA